AUGGCCACGGAAAGGCAAGACCACGCCGAGCACUUGGCUAUCCCAAGCGGCAAUGCUCCAUCACAACCUCUUUCAACGCUUGGAGUGCCCACCGAAACCACAACCGCUCCGUCGAGCCAUCCUCCUUCGGUGGUCCAUUUCGCCGCAAACACCAGCGCGCCACCUACCCGCCCUUCGUCGGCCCUCAACGUUCCUGUUAACACAAGCGCACCUUCAUCACGACCGUCCUCGAUCCGUCCCCCUUCCGCUCGCCAUGCGCCCACACAGGUGACGUUUACAGAUCCGGACUUCACAAAGCCUCCGCCUCUCAACUACACUCUUCGGACGAGGAUAAAGAGCAUUUGGAUAUUUUGGACGUUGGUCGUGCUGGACUGCGUGUGUUUGCCUAUAGCGCUGUACUUUGGCCUUUGGUACGGGACAAGUCUGUCGCACAAUGCAGUCUUCAGUAUCAGCACGGGUGCGCUGGGAACGGUCUCCAUUGUGGAGUACUUCAUCCGUUUCCGCAGGCUGUGGAGGAAAGGCUCGACUUGCCGAGUGAUUGGCGCGCGGCGGUUCUACUUGGACUGGUUUCACUGGACUCUCUCAGUUGCAUGGAUAGCGGUCAUGAUCGAGCUCAUUGUUGGCACCGUGCCCCAUGAACCACCCAUCCGGCUUCUUGCCAUGCCAGUCUCAAGCAUGGUGUUCGCGUUCGGUGUCGAGAUGCUCGUCAUGGAUGUUCUCCGCAUUGCCGGGUACCGGUCGCCAGUCCGAAUCUCUUCCCUACCAAGAGGCUCGCCAUUACGCCCCGGUAUCUACUCGAUUAUCGAGGACAUCGUAGCGGUCGACGGCUCAGGCGGCACAGAAUUCCGACAACGCCUCAACCUCCGCUACCAGGCCAGCAAGAUGUUCAGACAGAUGCUGCACCGGCUUACGCUGUUCUGGGGGUUUGGCGCUUGUAUCAUUGCGGCGAUCACAACGACGCUCAUCUUUACUAUUCAGAAGGAUGCUGCUUAUGUUGUUGGCUGGGUAAUUCCGUUCCUGUGGGCUGGCAUCUGGGCCAUUAUUACGACGAAAUGGGUGCAGAGGAGCCUCGCGGAGGAGUACCGCACAUGGGCUGAGGAGAGGCUCAAGCCGGCCGCAUAG